GCCAGCAUGUUAAAUCCCCACUCUUUGAAAAAACAGCUAAAGUGGGAUCUGCUAACCCUUUGAUUGAGGUUUAUAUAGCAGGGCUCUCGCCUGCUUUGUGUGACCAUCGUUUUCUGUAGGUGACUGGCUCCAGCUCUCUUUGCAGGAUGAGUAGUAAGAUCAUCUUCUACGAGGACAGGAACUUCCAGGGCCGCUCCUAUGAGUGCGACACCGACUGUCCGGACAUGCACCCCCACUUCAUCCGCUGCAACUCCAUCAAGGUGGAGAGCGGCUGCUGGGUGCUGUACGAGAAGCCCAACUACACCGGCUACCAGUACGUCCUGACCCGAGGCGAGUACCCCGACUACCAGCGCUGGAUGGGCUACAACGACUCCAUCCGCUCCUGCCGCACAUUCUCUUAUACCAGCGAGGGGCCCUACCGCAUACGCAUCUACGAGCGGCCCAACUUCCAGGGCCAGAUGAUGGAGUUCAGCGAGGACUGUGAGUCGGUGCAGGACCAUUUCCGCAGUCGCGACAUCUACUCCUGCAACGUCAUGGACGGCUACUGGACCCUGUACGAGCACCCCAACUACCACGGGCGGCAGUACUUCAUGAGGCCCGGGGAGUACCGCAAGUUCAGUGACUGGGGGGCCACCUGCGCCACCACCGGGUCCUUCCGCAGAAUCACAGAGUUUUAAUCUGGACCCACUUGGUUUUGUUUUGAAUCUAUUUACACGACUCCCUUUUCCUAAUCUAUUUGUGUCAAUAAAAUUAUGUGGAGUGGGACGUUCUAUUCGACUUCUCUAAAUAUCGACCCGGAUUAUCAACAUGCUCCUGUUUUAAAUAACUGAAUAAAGAGACCUUCUGUCACCUGC